AACUCAACCCCUUCCUACCCCAGAAAUUGAAACAAACAGAUUUCUUGUAAAUGGCUUCAAUGUCUUCUUCACCUCUGACUAUGCUUUCUGCAGAAACACUGAAGCAACCAACAUUAGUUGGUAGCCCCUUUGCAGGGUCAAGAUCAUGGAAGAGGACUGAGAAGAACAAGAAGCGAGCAUUGACAGUAGUUGCAGUGGUGGGAGAUGUAUCUGCUGAUAGCACACCAUACUUGAUUGGUGGUGCUGCUCUUGUGGCUCUGGUUGGAACUGCCUUCCCAAUCCUCUUCUCCCGCAAGGACAUAUGUCCUGAAUGCGAUGGGGCAGGGUUCGUUCGGAAGUCGGGGGUCACCUUGAGAGCCAAUGCAGCACGGAAAGACGAGGCUCAGAUUGUAUGUGCUAAUUGCCAAGGCCUUGGCAAGCUCAACCAAAUUGACAAAUCUUAGAGAGUUAGAUCUCUCUUCCCCCUUUAGUCCUUUAAACAUUUCCACCUCCUUACUCGUCGAAGUGUAAUUUUUACAUGAUCGAAUUUAUUUCUAUGCUUAAGGAUCUGCCAUGUCUCACUCUGAUAAUUAUAAAGAUGCAGUACUUUUCUUUGCUCGGAUAGUCACGAGCUAAGAGUGUUGUU